AUGGCAAAUACAAUGCUCACUCGCAGCCCGUUGGCUUCUUACAGCUUCACCGACAGCUCCGGUGCAAACAUCCGUGUCUGCUACCAGAAUAGAGACGGCGUUAUUGGAAUGACCGGCUACGACGACAAAAAGGGGUGGCGUAACAGUGGAAAAGAGCUACGCCUCUACACCGUUCGCAGCGACGGCGCGAUCGCAGAGCGCUGCUACUCAGGCGGCGAGUGGUAUGACGGCGAAUUAACCGGGGUAUUCGUUGCAGCCAAAUACUCACAGCUAGCUGCGGCAGCCUUCGAAACAUCUAACGGCACCAUCUCCAUCCGCGUCUACUAUCAAGACCCCGACAACAAGAUCCACGAGGCCUGUCGCGACGGCUCCGAGCCUUGGUUCGAUGGCAACAUCUUCGAGACCGCAAUUGCAGCGACCAGUAUCGCUGUUUCGCAAAUCCCUGGGAGGGAGUGGUACUUGUGGUUGUUCUUCCAGAGGCCAAACACAGAAUUCGUAGAGUGGUUGAUGCAGGCCAGCAGCUCAUGGAAGCAGGGCGUGUUCAAGAGCCAAGCAACAUAUGACCCUGGCGCCUACAUCAGCUGCGCAUCCUACGGCAGGGACGACCACCGUGGCUUCACAGUCGACCGCGAAAACAAGCUAUGCGUGACCGAGUUCAACGCGGGGUCUAAUAACUGGCAGCCGACAAAGCAGCUCGGGCCAGUUAUCCCCCAGUCGGCUCUUGCGGCGGUGCCGGUGCCGGGGAACGUCCCAUGGGUCAGAAUCUAUGUGCAGACCUCGCCGGGACAGAUUGCGGAGUGGGGGACCAACGAUGGAAAGAAUUACUCGCUCAUGGCAUCACAGUUGCCAACGAACUAG